CAUCUCCCUUUUCCCUCCUCUCUCUCCCUCCACAUUUACCUCUCUCUCUCUCUCUCCAUAUACCCUCUGCUUUUCUCUCUGGUCUGAGCUUUAAUCUUUACAUAACAGCCACGCCUCUCUGAUCAAAAGACCAAGAACUUGUCUUCAUAGUAGAGUUUGAUCAUCAUGCUAUCUUCUCCCCUUGAUUCCCCUGUUUGGCUAUCUUCUAAAGUUCAGUCUUUAGUUAUGGCGGAUUACUUUUCUUUUCGUGAUGUGAGUGUUACACCAAACGCCUCCAACUCGCAAAGUCAUGUUACUAUUCCUCAACCACCACCACCUCCACCUCCGAGUAACCAACCGAGGUUCGAUUUAUCGUGUCGGAUCGAUAAGUGUUGCUCUGUCCCAAAGGAAGCUAAGGAUGUAUGGGACAAGCUAUUUAGUGAAGGAAUUGGAGCUGAUGUUCGUGUUCUUAGCCGUGAAAAUGAGAUUGUUCUAGCCCAUUCCACAGUUUUGAGUGUUGCAUCACCAGUUCUAGGGAAUACUCUACAACAAUUGAAACCGAAGGAUGGUUUCGUAUGCAUCAAAAUUCCCGGGGUGUCGCAUAGAGCUGUUUGUGCCUUCUUGCGGUUUCUUUACUCAUCUUGUUACGAGGAGGAAGAGAUGGAGAAGUUUGUUCUUCAUCUAUUGGUGUUAUCACAUUCCUAUUCAGUGACACCCCUUAAAAAUGUGUGCGUCAACUUUCUCGAGCACAAUUGGCUCGAUAUGGAGAACGUGAUUGACGUGUUACAAUUAGCUAAAAAAUGCGAUGCCCCACGGCUAUCCUUGAUUUGUGUCCGUCUGAUUGUGAAGAACUUCAAAACCGUGGCCUCCACGGAAGGGUGGAAAGUGAUGAAGCGCGUUGAUCCAGCACUUGAGCAAGAGAUUUUGGAGUACGUUGUCGAAUUCGAUACGAGAAAAGAAGAGAGGUUGAAGAAAAUUGAAGAGAAGAAAGUGUACUUGCAAUUGGCAGAGGUGAUGGAGGCGAUGAUUCACAUAUGCAGGGACGGUUGUCGAUCGAUUGGGCCACGAGACAAGUUGUUAAAGGUUAGCCAGCCGGCAUGUAACUACCCGGCUUGCAAAGGGCUCGAGAGUUUGAUUCGUCAUUUUUCAAUUUGCAAAACACGAGUUCCGGGUGGUUGUACACAUUGCAAACGAAUGUGGCAGCUUCUCGAGCUCCAUUCGAGAAUGUGCGACCAGUCUGGGUCAUGCAAGGUCCCUCUUUGUAGGCAUUUCAAAGAGAAAAUGGGGCAACAGAGCAAGAAAGACGAAACAAAGUGGAAGGUAUUGGUUAGCAAAGUCCAAACUACAAAGAAUAUGUUAGGGAAGUCGAGGGGAUGAGGUAGUUGCCAGGGUUAAUUUUGAAAAAUUAAUGUACAAGAAAAGUUUUCUUGUGCUUCCUCAAUCUUGGAGGUAGGAAAAUGAGCAUAAGGCUGUAUUUUUUUUAAGCCUUCAUUAAUGAGUAUAUGUAAAAUAUAAACAAAAUCAAAUCCUCUUAUUUGGUU